AUGGCCAGACUGGCGCUGUCCGACGACGAUGCUCGCGUGAGAAAAUGGUUCGCCGAUGAGGUGGCAAGCCUUGACUGUGAACUUGCAAUCGAUGAGAUGGGAAACAUGUUUGCGAAACGUCAAGGAGCGCUCAAAUCUUCCGCUCCGAUGACAGCCAUGGGGAGCCAUCUUGAUACCCAACCCCGCGGGGGCAGAUACGACGGCAUUCUGGGCGUUCUAGCCGCCGUAGAGGUGAUGAGAACACUAAAAGACAACAACUUCAAGACGCAAUUCGAUGUUGGCAUCGUCAAUUGGACCAACGAAGAAGGCGCCCGUUUCCCGAGAUCAAUGAUGUCCUCCGGCGUCUGGGCAGGUGAAAUCCCUCGGGAAAAGGCCUGGGACUUGGGCGAUAUCUUCGACCCUUCUGUGACCGUCAAGUCUGAGCUGGAGCGACACGGCUACAUCGGUCCGCUCGCCUGUUCAAGCGACGCAUCAACUGGUUACCCUCUGGGCGCGCACUUUGAGUUGCACAUCGAGCAGGGCCCCAUCCUCGAGGAGAACGGCAGGAAGAUCGGCGUCGUGCAGGGCGCGCAGGCGUAUCGCUGGUUCACCUUCACCAUCACGGGCCGCGACGCACACACGGGCACCACGCCGUUGAAGUCCCGCAGAGACCCGUUGCUCGCAGCGUCCAAGAUGAUUGCUUCCUCCAACGCCAUCGCAAAGGAGCUCGGGGCGCUGGCGUCGACAGGUGUUCUCAAGAUCCCACCCAGCUCGUCGACCAACACCAUCGUCUCGGAGGUUACCUUCACCCUUGAUAUUCGCCACCCCGAAAACGCAGUUGUCGAAGAGGUGCAGAGGCGUUGCAUUGAGUCGUUUGAGAAGAUCGCUGGGGAGGAUGGCCGCGGGGUCGAGGUGCGGUGGACGCUCGAUACCGAUUCGCCCGCGGUCAAGUUUGACAAGGAGUGCAUCCAAGCCGUGGAGAAUGCAGCGAUUGGUCUUUUUGGGCCGGACGGCUGGCUACCGUUGACCAGCGGCGCGGGGCAUGACAGCGUUUACACGAGCAAGCGGUGCCCAACGACAAUGAUUUUCGUCCCUUGCAAGGACGGUGUGAGCCAUCACCCCGAGGAAUAUUGCAGUCCGGAAGAUUGUGCGAAUGGCACUCAAGCCCUGCUUGAAGCCGUUGUAAGCUACGACCAUCUGAGAGCUAGCAGAAAGUGA